UUCAAUUAGUUUGUCAAAAAUCAAGAUGGCUGCGACCAACUCAAGUUUGCCUUCUGAAAUUUCCACAAAGAAAGAAGAUGAAUUUAAUGAAUUUUACACUGAAGUUAAAGAAAUAGAAAAAAGAGAUUCAGUUUUAACUCCAAAACAGCAAAUAGAAAGGCUCUUACGUCCUGGUUCUUCGUAUUUUAAUUUAAAUCCUUUUGAAGUUCUUCAAAUUGAUCCUGCCACUACUUUAGAAGAAGCAAAGAAAAAAUAUAGACGUAUGUCUAUAUUGGUGCAUCCUGAUAAAAAUCAAGAUGAUGCAGAAAGAUCUCAACAAGCUUUUGAAAUUGUCAAUAAGGCAUGGAAAACCCUGGAAUGUGAAGAAACAAGAGCAAAGUGUAUGGAUGUUAUUGAAGAGGCAAAGGCUCGAACAGAUCACAUGAUUACCGAAAAGAAAAAGAAAUUAAAAAAAGAAGGAAAAAUUGGUGAAGGAAGUGCAGUUCCAAUAUUAGAAGAAGAAACGGAAGAAGGUUAUAGACAUGCAAUUUGGGUUAUGACAAUGAAACUCUUCGCAGAUAUGGAACGUAGAAGACGAGAAUUAGCGACUCGAGAUGCCGAACAGAGGAAACGAAAAAGAGAAGAAGAAUUAUCAGCAGAAGCUCAAGCUGCCAUGGAGCGUGAAUGGCAAAAAAAUUUCGAAGAAUCAAGACAAUUAAGAGUAGAUAGUUGGAAAGCUUUUCAAUCUGGUUCAGGUGCUACGAAACAGAAGAAAACAAAAAAAAUGAAAGCCUUUAAACCGCCUAAAACAAAAGCCGAAUCUCGAUAAUGAAGUAAAUUAAUUUUUUAUUUCAUUUAUCGAUCUCUAGUUUUUAUUCUAUUUUUUAAUUGACUAUGAUUUUCUAAAACAUUAAAAAGAACAGAUUAGUCACUUUGUUGGUUAAUAUACGUCAACGUAUUUAUACCAAGAUAAUAGGUUACAUAAAAUUAUUACAGUGACACCAGAAAUGUAAGAUCAAAUAAAUUAAGAAAGUGAAUAAGUGAUUGCCGAUAUAUAUAUAUAGUUAAGUGUAUGAAUGUAAAGAAGCGCGAGUGUGUGUACCUACGAAAAUAUAUUGAACGAUAAAUUUGUAUGAUUGCGUACAGUGAACUAUAUUGUGCUGGACUCAAUGCCGAAACUCGAAGUAUUAUUGUAUUCGAGAAAAAAAUCAUUUUUUAUUGACUUAUUGUAAAAAAAAACAGUUUUCUCAACUCUACUAUAAACUAAGAGACACUUUUUAUCAUUGUUGAUCUCGUAUGUUUCUCUUUUUUGGUACAUCAUCCGACUUGUCGAAAUAUGGGAUACAUUUUUUUUAUAAUUAUAUUUUCAAUAAGGUAUAUUUACCUUAAAGUGCAAGCAUUGAAAAAUAUUAAAAAAUAUUGUAAAGUAA